AUGGCGUCGCUGCUAGGCCAGCUCAAGAAGCUCGCCGAGUCGACGCUCGGCAGCGGCAACCUGAACGUGGCCGUGCGCCUCCCAGAGGGCGAGCGCCCGGAGGAGUGGAUUGCCGUGCACACGGUCGACUUUUUCAAUCACCUCAACAUUCUCUACGGCACAAUCACGGAAUUCUGCACGCAGCGCGAAUGCCCGGUGAUGUGUGCCGGACCCCGCUUCGAGUACCACUGGCAGGACUCGACCUCGACCAAGUACCGCCGCUCGACGCGCCUGUCCGCGCCGGACUACAUUGACUGCCUGCUGAACUGGACGCAGGCGCAGAUUGACGACCCGGCGCUCUUCCCAGUGAGCACCGACGCGCCGUUCCCGGCAAACUUUGUGGACCGCGUCAAGGCGAUUCUGCGCCGCCUGUUCCGUGUGUACGCGCACAUGUACAACCACCACUUUGCGCAGAUCUGUGCGCUGCGCCUCGAGACGCACCUCAACACGUCCUACCGCCACUUUUUGUUGUUUGUUACCGAGUAUCGCUUGGUCGACCCCAAGGAGAUGAUUCCCCUCGCGGAGCUCAACGAGGCUAUUUUGGACGAGAACUAG